CGCCGUCGCCGGCCGCCGAUCGGAGAGCGGCCCCCCUUUUCCCGCGGCGGCUGGAGAUGGACGGCUUCGGGGGCGGGGGAGGAGGGCUGCACGGCGCCCGGAGGAGCAUGUCCUCGGCCACCGGCACCAGGAGGAGGGCGUCGACCGCGGAGAACGGAUACGACCUCGCCGCUCCCAGGAGGGCCUCCGCCACCAUCUCCCGCACCACGUCGACGUUGACUGGGGAGAGAACCGUCAAGAGACUGAGACUGUCCAAGGCACUGACGAUACCGGAUCACACAUCUGUACACGAGGCUUGUCGGAGGAUGGCCGCGCGCAGAGUUGAUGCCGUGUUGCUGACGGACUCCAAUGCAUUGCUCUGCGGGAUCCUUACUGACAAGGACAUAGCCACAAGGGUUAUUGCUCGUGAACUGAAGCUAGAAGAGACACCAGUUUCGAAGGUCAUGACAAGAAACCCUCUCUUUGUUCUCGCAGAAACUCUUGCGGUUGAGGCAUUGCAGAAGAUGGUACAAGGUAAGUUCAGACAUUUACCUGUGGUGGAGAAUGGUGAAGUCAUUGCACUGCUGGACAUAGCCAAGUGCCUAUAUGACGCUAUUGCACGAAUGGAAAGGGCAGCUGAGAAAGGAAAAGCAAUUGCUGCUGCUGUUGAGGGUGUAGAGAAGCAUUGGGGGACAUCUGUUUCUGGCCCCAACACGUUUGUUGAAACUCUUCGAGAACGGAUGUUUAAGCCAACACUGUCCACCAUUAUAUCUGAGAAUUCAAAAGUGGCCACUGUUGCACCAACUGACACCGUGUUGACAGCAUCAAAAAAGAUGCUUGACCUGAAAGUAAGUUGUGCAGUUGUUGCGAUUGAAAACAAGCCUGGGGGGAUUCUGACCUCUAGAGAUAUAUUGAUGCGUGUUAUAGCCCAGAAUCUCCCCCCUGAGUCUACUACAGUUGAGAAGGUCAUGACUCAGAGUCCAGAAUGUGCCACGGUUGACACUCCAAUCCUUGAAGCCUUGCAUACAAUGCAUGAUGGAAAGUUUCUGCAUCUGCCUGUUCUAGACACCGAUGGAAGCGUUUUAACUGUUAUCGAUGUCCUUCACAUAACUCAUGCUGCAAUUGCAACAGUAGGAAACAGCGCAGCAACUGGCUCUGAGGCGACUUCUUCCAUGAUGCAGAGGUUCUGGGAUUCAGCAAUGUCAAGUGGGCCGCUUGAUGAUGAUGAUGACUCCAGAAGUGAAGGGUCAACAAAAGUGGCAUCUGAGGCAACAGAUAUAGGACGAUCAGCAUUCUAUCCAGCUUCAGGCUUAUCAAACACUUUUGGGUUCAAGAUUCAGGACAAACAAGGCAGGAUGCACAGAUUUAACUGCGACACGAGCAGUCUUACAGACCUGAUAACUUCCAUCUUACAAAGGCUUGGCGAUGACAUUGAUAAAUUGAACCUGCCUCAAAUUUUGUAUGAAGAUGAAGAUCAUGAUAAGGUCAUACUUUCAUCAGACGCCGACCUUAUAGCAGCUGUGGACCAUUCUAGACAAAUCGGUUGGAAGAGUUUAAGGUUGCACUUGGAUUACUCUGGCAUUGGCCGUCGUAAGCGAGGAGCCACCUCAGCAGAUUUCGAGUAUGCUGGAAGGGAUGCAUGGGCUUCCGCGUACAGCACUGUUGCGGCUGGGGCAGCCCUGGUUGCUGGCCUUGGCGUGAUGGCUUACCUGAAGAGAGCAGGCUAAGACGGCGGUCGACCACACUUUUGUCUUCAUUGAUGCAGGGUGUUACUACAUUGAAAUGACCAGAAAUGACUGGUGAAAAGGAAAAAUAUCGACUCAGAGAUGGCCAUGUGAUUAAUUCUUGUGAGGAAAAUCAAAAUCUGUAAUAAUGUCACGGCAAUGGACUACACAGCCCGCGGACGGUGUGGAUCAAAUCUUGGAUGUCCAGUAGUCUCCAUCACCAUUGUACAAUGGAGUAUAAUUGGCCAUUUGUUUGAAACAACAGUGUUCACACACA